UUGGGCUAUGGGUAAAUUUAGCCGAAAUCAAAUACGUAAGGAAAUAGAAUCAAUAAAAAAAAAAUACAAGCGUUCUGGCAGGAAAAAUGUACCUCAAUGGGUCCACGAUGAUCGAUUGUCAUGUUCUGCUGGUACUAUAAUAGAAUAUCAAGAAAUGGCUCCUCUAUUUGCUUGGCUAAAUAACCAUACAGAGAUUAGAUCUGACGCUUUUAAAUAUCUAGUGACACUAAAAAGACCAGUAGGCUUCUUAGCCCAAGAUAUUGGAAUGUGGGAAUACAUUCUAAACAUUAUGGCUUUGAUGGCAGUAUUAACAAAUGCCAUAAUUUUAGCAUUCCAUUCUACAUGGAUGAAACAACAAUUUCAAAACUAUAUCAGCAACCCUGAUGAUGAAGAUCAAUUAUU